AUGGGCAGUGCCUUCGAGCGCGCGCGCUUGUGCAAUGAUUUGUCUUGCAUGAAGCAGAUCAAGGAGCAGCUCAUUUCGUUGCAGGGUCAAGGGCCUGAGGUGGAUCGAUUGCGUCGUCGAGUGCACAACGCAAUCGAGGAUGCAAAGGGCCACCUGCGAGUCUUCUGCCGUGUGCGACCCUUGAGUGAGAAGGAGCUCGACAUGGAUGAAGAGGUCGUUCGAAUGGUCGAUAAUAUGAAGAUUGAGUUGCCACGCAAUGGAGUCUUCACCUUCGACGGUGUUUUUGCAGCUGGACGACAGGAGGAAGUCUUUGAGGAGUGUAAAGAUUUGGUCCAGUCUACUGUGGACGGUCACAACGUCACGAUCUUUGCGUACGGUCAGACCGGUGCAGGGAAAACGUAUACACUUCAUGGCACACCCCAGGAGGAGGGGAUCGCAGGACGAGCCAUCUCGGAGCUUUUCCAGAUUCUGAAGCGCUUCCAACAGUCCAGCAAUGCUGCACGAAGCUUCGUGGUGAGUGCCUCCAUGUUUGAGCUCUACCGGAACCGCUUGGUGGACUUGCUCCGGCGGCCCGAGAAGCGAGCCAAGAGUCCUCCUUGUAGUCCUCCCUGCAGUCCCAAGCUCAGCCUGCGAAGCAGCGAGUCUGGCCUUCAGGUUGACAACUUGGCCGAAGAAGAAGUCGAGGAUGCGACGCAAUUAAAGCGGCUCCUUUCCAGAGGUUUAGCCGCCCGAACCACUGCGCCCAACGCGCUCAACGCAGAGAGUUCUAGAUCCCAUUUGAUCUUCACCAUCAAGGUGACGAGCACCGAUGGGCAGAACCCACUGAGCGGCAAGCUCGUCUUGUGCGACCUGGGCGGCUCGGAGCGGCUGAAGAAGAGCGAGGCGACCGGAGAGCAUCUGAAGGAGGCGAUUGAAAUCAAUCGAUCCCUGACCGCCUUAGGCGACGUCAUUGAGGCGGUGGCUGAGCGGAAGAGGCAGGUUCCAUACCGGAAUCACAAACUGACUCAGCUCCUGCAGGACGACUGGUCAGGAUGGGGGAGGAAGCGGUUCUUGCUGCGGUAUGAUCCUCCUGGUGUCGGAUUGGAGGUGGAAGAUGACGAUCACCAGCUGUCGGUUCAGCACAAGAGCCUCCCUGGCAAAUCGGAGGUGCACUCUGCCAAGGACAUCAACGGCCUGGUGGACGCCUUGAUCGACGAGGAGUCCACGCUGCUCACCCGCCGGAGGCACCGAGAAGGUUUGAUCCAACUGCUCUCGAGGCUCUACGAGGUGGACGUCACGGCAGAGGCUCAGGAAGAAGCCAACAACGAGCCAGAGACCCAUGAAGCUCCCGAUGGCAUGCAGGGAGCUACCGUGGUGCUGACGGGUCUCAGGGAGCCGCACCAGGUUUUCAAUGGUGAGAUCGCGACGGUGGUGAAAUCCAAAGGUGAGAAGCAAAAAUAUGAAGUUGAAGUCAAAGGACAAAUCGUGAAGGUCAAAGGGAAAGAACACCUCCUGAUGGCUAGCAGUUCAGGGACUUUGGCUCCUGGAGUGUUUGUGGCUAUUCGUGGGCUUCGAAAUCACGUGGAGCUCAACGGUUGCAUCGCCAAGGUGUCAGAGUGUCAUGAGGAGUCGCAGCGCUACGAGGUGAGGGCUCUGGACAGUGGACAACUCUUUCGUGUGAAGAAGGAGAACGUGGUGUUGAUUGAGGCGAGUCCGGGAGUGCAAGCUGCCGCCACAGCUCUCAAGGAGAACCGCGACGCCAUGAAGGAGAACAAGGAUCCCAACAGCACACCGCGAAAGGCCCGAGACAAGGAACGGGAACCUCAACGAGGCGAGGAGGAGAGCGACGUCUUUGAGAUUGGAUCCACGGUGGAGUUGGUCGGCCUGAAAACAGCGCAAGCCUAUAAUGGCCAGCAAGCCGAGGUCCUGUCCGUUGACCGUGUCCGGGGGCGCUAUGAGAUCCGGUUGCACGACGGUUCUGUGAAGACCAUCCGGGCUGAGAACGUGCGGCUGGUCGGCAAGAGCCCACGGCCCAAGCGAAAGGAGAAAGGCUGA